UUCUCCAGCCAGGGGUGGUGGAGGUGUCACAGGGGAAGGAGUCUGUCCUGCUGCCCUUUAAAAUCACAGCUGACCUUCCUCAGGAGGUGAGGGUGGAGUGGACACACAACUACAUGAAGGUCCAUGUGUAUGAGAGUGGAAACAAUCAGCCAGAUAAUCAGGACCAGGUUUACAGAGGUCGCACAGAGAUGAACAAUGACCCGCUGAAAACUAAAGACUUCAGUCUGACCCUGAAAGACCUCCACCUCACUAACAGUGGAGUUUACACCUGCACCGUCUACAACAAGGAUGGAGACAUCCUGCUACAGAAAGUAAUAAUUCUCAGUGUCAGAGCUCUCCAGCCAGAGGUGGUGGGCGUGACACAGGGCAUGAAGUUUGUCCUGCUGCCCUUUAAAACCACACCCAACCUUCCUGAGUACAUCACAGUGGAAUGGAGACUCACUGCAUACAAACACAUGAAGGUCCACGCGUAUGAGAGUGGAAGAGAUCAACCAGACAAUCUGGACCAGGACCAGGUUUACAGAGGUCGCACAGAGAUGAAGGAAGACUCAUUGAGAACUGGAGACUUCAGUCUGACCCUGAAAGACCUCCAACUCACUGACAGUGGAGUCUACACCUGCACCGUCUACAACAAGGAUGGACUCAUGCUGCUACAGAAAUCAGUGACUCUCAGAGUCAGAGAGUACCAGGUGGAGAUGGUGGAGGUGACACAGGGGAAGGAGUCUGUCCUGCUGCCCUUUAAAGCUACAGCUGACCUUCCUCAGGACAUCACCGUGAAGUGGAGACUCACUGAACCCAAACACAUGAUGGUCCAUGCGUAUGAGAGUGGAAGCAAUCAGCCAGACAAACAGGACGAGGAAUACAGAGGUCGCACAGAGACGAAUGAAGAUCCACUGAGAACUGGAGACCUCAGUCUGACCCUGAAAGACCUCCGCCUCACUGACAGUGGAGUCUACACCUGCACCAUCUACAACAAGGAUGGACUCAUGCUGACACAGAAAUCAGUGACUCUCAGUGUGAGAGGUGAGUGUAACAGCUGUUUGUCCAAGUUAAAUGAAAACAGGAGUGAAGAGCUUUACCCCG